AUGGACGCAGCAAUCGCCUACAAGCUUGCCAACCCUUCCGAGAGCCUUCGUAAAGUUGCAGGUCGCUUUGAGGUCUCUCAUGUCACUCUCCAUGAUCGCUUGAACAACAAACAUGCUCCUCCCGGUACCCUCAUCCCCCGCAACCUCUCCAUCAUCCAGGAAGAAGCCCUCAUCGCUAAAAUCAAUGAGUAUGCUGCCAGAGGUACCCUUCUUACUCCUAAACAUGUUGGCGUUUUUGCCCAGGCGCUCUGCGAUCAUCAACUUGGAGUUAAUUGGACAACUACCUUCCUACGCCGACAUAAGGAUCAGGUUGCAUCGAAAUUUUACCGUGUACAAGAAGUAGCAAGGCUCAGAGCGGAUACACCAGAGAAUAGGAUUGCUUUCCUAACCCUUGCAAAAGAAACAUUUGAUGCUGGUCAAUAUCAUCCUGAGAAUGUGUAUAACGUCGAUGAAGUCGGAUUUGACCUUGCUGGUGGACGAAGGACACGAAGAGUUGCACCUCGAGAUGCUCCUAUCAAGUCACAAGCAGCCCUUCCCACCGAUACUCACAUCAGUGUCAUCGCAACCAUCUCCACUUCCGAUGCCCCAGUACCACCCUUCCUCAUCUAUCCUGGCAAGAAUCUCAUGUCUGAUUGGUUUAAAGUACGACAGGAUACUCCAAUUCAGCAAGCUGUAGUAACAGAUAGUGGAUAUAUCAAUUCCUAUACGAUGAUUCAAUGGUUGACCGAAUGUUUUGACCCAUACACCGUGGAACGCGCCAAUGGACAUCCCCGUUUGCUCAUCCUUGAUGGUCAUGACUGUCACACCUCGGUUGCCUUUCUAGAUGCUUGCUGGGAACGCAAUAUCACCUGUCUUGUCCUCCCUGCUCAUCUAUCCCAAGUUUUCCAGCCGCUAGAUGUCGAUUUCUUCCGAAUACUCAAAGAAACAUACGAUGACCAGAUUGACACCUAUCAACUUGGUACCGAUGAACACCACAUCCCCAAACCGUUCUUUUAUCGCUGGCAUCAACGAGCCUGGCUUAGAACUACAACUACACACCAAAUUCAGACAGCCUGGGCCAAAUCCUACCUCUUUCCUCUCACACGGAUCAGUGUUGGACUCCGUGAGGCUCGUCCAGUCACACCUCCUCCUCAAACUGUCCCUCCAACUGAACCUAUCACUCCCACGACUACUACUAGUCUCUCUGCUCUUGAUCGAGCUAUAAGACGUGGCGAAAUUACUCCAGGGAAAACAUCAAGAAAGACAAGAAGCGGACUUGAACAAUUAGUGGCAGAGAAGGCCCUGCAUGAGAAGGAUGAAGCGCUCCGGAAAGCGUCAGAACAAUUAGACAGGGCAGCUAGGGGUAGUAAGAAGAGACAGAGGUAUCCACAUGGCGAAAGAUUUGACCAAGCAUACCAAGAAAGUCAUGCAGAAGAACUAGCAGAAAGGCGAGAGACAGAAACAGCAAAGAGGGAAGGGAGGAAGCGUGCAGCUCAAUCGGCUAAGGACACACACACUUCAAAAUCCGGGAAGGAGUGCAGUGCAGGUCCGUCUAGGAGUGUGUGA